UUAAAUGUUGUAAAUCAUUUUUAGCUAAAUUUAAAAAUGGCUAAAGUUUUAGGGGUAGAAGAAACCAUACAGCGCAUUAUUAUAUAGCACCAACAAAAUAACAUUCAAUUCUCUCACUCGUUGUUUUAAGACGAGCAGUGCUGUGUAACAGCGCAGAGCUGUGUUAGCUUGAACAGCUGGUUUGUUUUCGGCAAUGUCGCUUUUAUAUACAAUUACAAAAUCAAUAACAAAUCGGCUACUACUCAAAGCAAAGCCAAAUCGAGAAUCCUCAGUAUGUGCGACACCUGUGCGUGAGAUUUGGGGCUAUGUGGCAGUGGCAUUCAAUCAGGUUGAUGCGGAACGCUUGGCACGAGUGGGUCCCAAUCGCCUCUGCGCAGAAUGGUUGGUUAAGAACGGCGGCGGCGUCCGCUUCACCGAUAAUCCCUCCAAGCUGUGGAAGGACUACAAUAUGCUGCCAUCAGAAACAACACCGUUUCGCAUUAAGGUUGUCGACGCUUCCAAUGCAUCCGUGAUGAAAAUCGGCUUGGAGCAUUUCAAGAACUGUGAUCACAUCGACACGGUGAUCUUUCACAAUUGCAAGCAUCUGGAAAACGAUGGUCUGGUUGGACUCACCCAUUUAACCGAUUCGCUGACAAGUCUGCAGGUGUCGGGCUGCUAUAACAUCACCGAUUCCGGUCUAGCCAUUAUCAGCGAGCUUAAGAAUCUAAGGCAGUUGCUCAUCUUUGACAUGUUGUAUGUCAAAGACAUGGAUGAGGUCGCCAAGAGCCUCAAGUCCAGUCUGCCCGCCUGCGAUAUCAAAGCCACCAAAUUUGCUGUGCAGCUUAAAAAGGAUUAAAAUGCCCUGGGACAUUUGCAAUUGUUAUUGUUGAUAUUUAUGCAAGAACUUGUUUAUUUUUUUACAACUUAAUAAAAUAUUGGAGCUAUGAUUUGGGAUUCUGAUCUUGAUGUAAAUCUGCCAGAAUUAAAGGCAAAGGAGCCGCAAUAUGUACUAGAAAGUUAAAACUCCAAUAUGAUAUCAGGUUUUAUGGCAAUUGAUACAAGGAUUCAUUAAUUGAUAUUUGGGAUCAAGCUGUGUUUUUUGCACGAAUUUCAAUUGGAUCAGGAAUUGAAUAAUCAAGAUCAUAAAUUCUGAUUAGAACGCCUUUUAAACAGAGAGACUAGUUGAGAUUACAGUGUAGACUAAGAAAUUUUGGAAAUGCCGCCUGCAACACAAAAUUAUAAAGAAAUCUAAAACAUA